GAUACGCAACAUCGCGACUAUCGCGAGUGACGCGAGUACGAUCACGAUGUGGGACUAAAAUUUAGUAUAACCUCAUGUGAUAAGGCAUUUAUGAUUCAUGACGCCGAGAGUUGAAGCUUGUGAUUUUUCUCAGAGAUUUGCUUGCGCAAUUAAAUAAUUGAAAAUAAGCAGAGAUGGAAAAGCCUCCUUUACAAACGCUUUAAUGUAUGAGAUUCAGGUGAUACAGUAUCGAGGCUAAUUAAAUUUGGCAACGAAAGUUUUUAGUGCAGCUUAAUAUGAUUACGUUACGGGGAAAACUCAAAAAGGACAAUGACAUAGCAAAUUCAAAAAGCUACAACAGGCGAGUCUCAAUACGAGAUAAAUUACUGAUCAAAGAGGUGCAGGAAAUGGAGCAAACAUUGCCAGUAACUUGUCAAGUCACAUUUAACGAUCCACAUUGUCUUCAUGAUUUUAUAUUGUUAAUUAUGCCAGAUGAAGGAUACUGGAUUGGUGGCCAUUUCUAUUUUCAAAUUUACAUAAGCGAAGAGUACAACAUGGCGCCGCCAGUGGUAAAAUGCUUAACGAAACUAUGGCAUCCUAACAUAAGCGAGGAUGGUGAUGUAUGUCUAUCCAUUUUAAGACAAAGUAGCAUUGAUGGCAUGGGAUGGGCACCAACACGCAAACUGAAAGACGUCGUAUGGGGUUUAAAUUCUCUUUUCACUGAUCUCCUAAACUUUGAUGAUCCUUUAAAUAGAGAUGCAGCAGAUUUGUUUAUUAAGGAUAAAGAAUCUUUUCGAAGUAAAGUUAAAGAUUAUGUAAUGCAAUAUGCAAAAAGAUGAUUUACAAUGUAACAUUUUAAAUAACAAAUAAUUAUUUACAUUUUUUUAAAUUGGUCUCGUGCCUCUUUUUAGUGUAUGAGUACAGAACUUGCUCAAAUGUGCUUUAGGUUGAUUUUGAUUUAACUCAAUUUUGCUAGUCUUUUUGCCUGAAAGGUGUUGAUAUCACUUUCAGUUUUAUAUAAUUCAAUUCUCGGACUGUUAUAGCGAAAUUGUAUUAAUAUACAUUAAUUAUUAUCUAUAUUAUGUAUGAAGGAAAUGUAAACGUAUAAAAACGUAUAAAAAUUAAAAGUGCAUCACGUGUACAAUGUUUUUUUUUUCUCUUAAUGAAACAUUGUAAUGCCAACGAGCAAUUGUAAAUAAAGUGGGUGUUUAAUAAUA